AUCAGUGCCAGUGUUUCUCCAUGAGUUCAGUGACGGUCUCCGGCUGCUCCAAAUCAUUGCGCACGGCGCACCAGCUGAAUAUAGACACUCUGUGCUUUGCCUGAGAGCUUAGAGCGUGUUUUAUGAGCUCUUUAGCAAUUAAGUCACUUGAUUUGACGCGUUUGGACAGGUGUGAUUGUACACGCAUUGGAUUUCCAGCGCAUCGGACAAGAUUCAGCACCACGGCUGCGGACAGCUCCCGUUCCCCGGUGACGCGCGUCUGGAUGGCUUCUGCUCGCGUGUCUCUGUCGCUGCUCUGAUCCGCUCCGCUCGCGAUGGCAUCACACGGGUUUUGGUUUCUGGGGGCUGAAAACGCGGCUGGAAACGGCAGUCAAAGCCCGAACACGCCUAGAGCAUGGUGCCAGGCGGCGGCCCAGAAAUUCAGCGGAGGCAUCGGCUCCAAAUUAUGUGCUCUGUUAAAUGUCGGGGAGGCUGAGAAAGCAGCUCAAGCCCCAGUUAAAGCCGAGGAUGAGUCUACAGCCGAGAGCUGCGGCUGUAAUAAACCCUGUAACUGCUCCAAAGCCACCGCGUGCUUUUCGGAUCUCUACUCAACAGAUCUGUUACCUGCACUGGACGGAGACGCGAAGACUAUGAAUUUUCUGCAGGAGGUUGUGGAUAUAUUGCUGGCUUAUAUAGUGGAAUCAUUUGACAGGUCUACGAAAGUGAUUGAUUUCCACUAUCCAAACGAACUGCUCCAAAGGAAUAAUUGGGAGCUUUCGGACGAACCCGAGACUUUAGACGAUAUUCUGAUCAGCUGUCGCGCUACGCUUAAAUAUGCCAUAAAAACUGCGCAUCCCAGGUAUUUCAAUCAACUCUCCACUGGGUUAGACAUGGUUGGCUUGGCUGCAGAUUGGCUAACCUCCACUGCCAACACCAAUAUGUUCACCUAUGAGGUGGCUCCAGUCUUCGUGCUGUUGGAAUACGUCACGCUGAAGAAGAUGAGGGAGAUCAUUGGCUGGCAGGACGGCCACGGUGAUGGAAUAUUCUCUCCGGGUGGCGCCAUUUCCAACAUGUAUGCCAUGCUACUGGCUCGCUAUAAAAUGUUCCCUGAGGUGAAGGAGAAAGGAAUGUCAUCCGUACCUAGGCUGGUGGCCUUCACAUCAGAACAUAGCCAUUUUUCAAUCAAGAAAGGAGCAGCUGCUCUUGGAAUCGGUACAGAGAGUGUCAUUUGCAUUAAAGCUGAUGAGAGGGGUAAGAUGAUUCCAUCUGACCUUGAGAGGAGGAUCAUUGAAGCCAAGCAGAAGGGAUACGUGCCGUUCUUUGUCAGCGCGACGGCCGGCACCACGGUUUAUGGUGCCUUUGAUCCUUUGAUCGCUAUAGCGGACAUCUGCAAGAAGCAUGACGUCUGGAUGCAUGUGGAUGGAGCAUGGGGUGGAAGUCUGCUAAUGUCCCGGAAACACCGGUGGAAGCUUAAUGGAGUUGAGAGGGCUAAUUCUAUGACCUGGAACCCUCAUAAAAUGAUGGCUGUGCCCUUGCAGUGCUCUGCUCUUCUGGUUCGAGAGGAGGGACUGAUGCAGAGCUGCAAUCAGAUGCAGGCCUGUUAUCUGUUCCAGCAGGACAAGCAUUAUGACCUGCAGUAUGACACAGGAGACAAGGCCCUGCAGUGUGGACGUCAUGUGGACAUCUUUAAACUGUGGCUGAUGUGGAGAGCUAAGGGCACGAUUGGUUUUGAGGCUCAGAUCGACAAAUGCCUGGAGCUUUCCGAAUAUCUCUACAACAAGAUUAAGGACAGGGAAGGAUAUCAGAUGGUGUUUGAUGGAAAGCCGCAGCAUACCAAUGUGUGUUUCUGGUACCUUCCACCGGGCGUGCGCUACCUGGAGGACAAAGUGGAGAGGAUGAAGCGUCUGCACAAGGUUGCCCCUGUAAUCAAAGCCAGAAUGAUGGAGUACGGCACGACCAUGGUGAGCUACCAGCCACAGGGAGACAAGGUCAACUUCUUCCGCAUGGUCAUCUCCAAUCCAGCCGCUACCUUUGAAGACAUUGACUUCCUCAUUGAAGAGAUCGAGCGACUGGGGCAGGAUCUUUAAAACUUACCGCACCAAAACCUGUUACUCCCGUGUCCCUGGAUGGAUUGCAUAUUUGUUGUGAAUGUAACGGUAAAUCUCUGAUUCCUCUUCUCCAAAGUCACAUUUAAACAAAAAAAGGAUAAUAUGAAAAUAUCUAGAGUAUAGUAUUGUAGCGUCGUUGUGGGCUUCAUGGUCCAGAGCCCUGUAAAAGUGUUACCGUCUGCUUUUACUGUCUAUCUUAAUGUCUUUGACAUGACUUUGUUUGUUUACAUGUUUAUUGAGAAUAUGAAGAGUUGUUUGCUUCUAUUCGGUGCAGAUCAUAUGUUUCCAUUUGAACAGUUAUUCAAGGUGCCAGAUUACAUUGAUAUGUAUACGUGACUAUAGUAUGAUAGUAGAGACAUAUUAAUCCAAAAGCACUUCAUCAUUUCUAUCAAGAUUUACAAUUAUUCGUUUUUAAAAUAGUUUUUAACUAUUAUUUUACCAAAUACUCAAAAAUCAGCCAUUUUUAUUUGAAAAAGUGUCAAAAAAAGAGAUAAAAUUGGGUGCUUUAUAUAGUUUUACACUUCUAAAAGCUGAUUAAAAUUAACAUUAAACAUACAGUUGAAGUCAGAUUUAUUAACCCCCCCCCCCCUGAAUUAUUAGACCGCUUGUUUAUUUUUUCCUUAAUUUCUGUUUAACGGAGAGAUGUUUUCAACAAAUGUCUAAAGAUAAGAAUUUUAAUAACUUAUUUCUAAUAACUGAUUUAUUUUUAUCUUUGCCAUGAUGACAGUAAAUAAUAUUUUACUUGAUAUUUUUCAAGACUAUAUACAGCUUAAAGUGACAUUUAAAAGCUUCACUGGGUUAUUUUGGUUAACUAGGCAGGUUAGGGUAAUUAGGCAAGUUAUUGUAUGAUGAUGGUUUGUUCUGUAGACUAUCGGGAAAAAAAAUAGGUUAAAGGUUCUAAUAAUUUUGUCCCUAAAAUGGUGUUUUAAAAAUUAAAAACUGGUUUUAUUCUAGCCAAAAUAAAACCAAUAAGACUUUCUCCAGAAGAAAAAAUAUUAUCAGACAUACUGUAAAAAUGUCCUUGCUCUGUUAAACAUCAUUUGGAAAAUAUUUUUAAAAAGAAGAAAAAAUUCAAAGGGGGGUUAAUAAUUCAGACUUCAACUGUAUUUAGAAAUGUAAAUAUUAACUUGUAUCUUCUAAUAAACACAUCCCAAAAUAUUUAUCCUGAUCACAAUAUAAGAAUUACCUGUCCACCUUAAAAUAUGUGCAAUCAUCAACAAUAUUCAAUGUUCUUUUGCCUUGAAAUGUGUAAUUUCCAAUUGAGUAAAGUGCAAUAGUGGUUAAGUAAAGUAAAAUGAGAAUAAAUAUAAUAUUAAUUCUUUAAACAAUAGCAUAUGCACAUCAUAUACAGUAUUUAAAAAAAUAAAAAAAUAAAUAAAAUGACAAAUUUAAUAUAAAUACCUUCGCUUCCCUACAUUACACAAUAGCAUUAGAUUUCUUAAUUUACCAACCCAUCCAUGCACUUGUUUAGCUUUCCUAUACAUAAUGAUAAAUAUUUCAGGGUAUUAACAGAGCUAAAUUUAAUGUCAUAUAUAUAUAAACUCCAAAAAGAAAAGAACGCAUAAGCAUACGUGGGGUUAUGCCCUAUGAUAGUGUGUAAAUAGUCUUUUAAGAUGUUCUUGAUCGAGUACAUAUCUAUGUGAAUACAUCACUGUAUUGUAUAUACGCAGAGUCUAUUUGUGUGGUAAAUAACAUUAUUUUCUCUAUUCAAGAAAUAUUUAAUCCUAAAUGGUAGAUGCGUUCUGCUUGUGUGUGCGUGCGUGCGUGCGUGUGUGCGUGUUGAAUAUGAUGAUUUAUGUAACUGCAAAGAUAUGUGUAUGGAGGAUCCAGUGCAUUUUAACACACUUACUCGAAAUGAUUAUUAUUAUAGCACAUUUGGAGAGCCAUUUCUGAACCGAUGCUGGUUGUAUUCGUGCCCAAGUGGUUAACUUGACAUCCUGUGCCGAUUUGUAUUUUCGUGUGUUUGUAACUGUAUUGCCUUAGUAUUAAUUGCCAGUAUUGUCUAGUUCUCCUAAAGAGGAGCUUGUGCACUUUAGCUUAUAUGUAUGAUGAUCUGUCCAAUGGAUGUUCUUAGUUUGAUGUUUUAAGAAACUUAGCGUUGUCUGAAUGUGUCCAAGGCUUGGUCAUCCGUUUGGGAUGAGAGUUGCUUUAUUGCUAAAAUCAUUUGUAGAUUUAAUGCUAUGUUUCUACCUGCUGGAAAAGCACAACUGAAAGUUGCACUCCAAAAAAUGAUGUCGUCACCCAAUAUUUUUGUUGUUUUUCCAGUACACAUAUCGACAUUUUAAAAGCAAGAAGCAUCUACUUUAGAAUGACUUGAGAUAAUGAGUCUAGUGGUCUUGAAAUAUCAUUUUAAAUUAGCUAAAUUUGCUUUGUAAACAAAAACAUGUGUGCCAAAGGGGUCAGAAAAAUGUAAAUAGAAAGAAAAGAAAGAUUAUUUUUCUCACCUCAUUGGCAAUCAAAAAUAAAUUACAUUUUGAGACAUGUUUUGGUAAACAAGACUAGUAAACAAUUGACUUGAAUACUCUCCUGUGAAAGCAGCCUACUGAUGGGAGUGUGCUUUUGAUUCUCAUGAUGGAAAACGUUUUAAGAAUUUUGGUUGUCAUUUAUAUCAGUGGUCCCCAACAUUUUUAUCACAGUGGAUCAGUCAACGACGAUUUUACCGCGGCCUGGGUGGGGAGAAUCGGGGGUUGACGUAUGAUGGGGGGCUUGGAGGUUGGGUGUACGUACAGUAGAUUGCUAGGUGACCAUCAACCGUUUUCUCAGGGAAUGACGGGCUGACAAAACAUUGCUGCAACUCUGAUACAAGUUUUAUUUAUGGAGAAAAUUAAAAAGCACUGGAGUGUUUGGCUAUUAAGUGUUUAGCCUCCUGAAAUGUGUAUAUUCCAUACAAAGUAUGAAGCUAAUUAAAUAAUUCUUGUCACGUGACUUGCGUUAUUCUGAAAAACUGAGAUGUUUUCAACUAGGUGAGCCUGGAAGACACGAGCGCAUCGCUUCCAAUUCGUGCGCACAUGCGGAAUUGCAGUAUGAGAAAAUUGUACUAAAAUGUACAGAUGAGAUUGUACAAACUCAUAUGAAUUAGCCACUAAAUCAAACAUGAAUUUCUAUGGGCUUGUUUUGGAAUCACCAACAAAUAAACCAUAUAUGAAGCUAGGUGUUUCCUCGCUUCAUCAUCAAGUUUUCUGCAGUGCAUCUUUUAAAAAUGCCAAGCUACCAGUUAGUAAAUCUGACCCUUAAUAUGUUACCUUGUCUGUUUCUUAAGUAAAUGUUUCCUUAUUUAAGAAUAUAUAGAAAUGUAUACUGGAAAACAAGACGAAAGUACUGAGCACAUCAUUUUUUUGCAGUGAGCUAAUAUGGUUCUAGCUAGCAACAAGCUAACCUAACAAGCUAUCUUCUUUUUCAGCAUGGAAGGAAUGCUAAGUUUGUAGUUUUUUGAGAUACCAGUGUUUUUUUUCUGUCUCUUUUCAGGAUCGACAAGCUGUGUCACAUAGUUUGUGUAAUUUUAUGCUCUUGUAAUCAUGACAAACGCAUCGACAUCCUCACUGUGGUAGUCUUGGAACGCCUUUGUGCCGUCUUUCCCCGCUGCUGCUGCUACAAACCUGCUCUCUUUGCACGUGCAUGAACGCCUUGCCUUCCGAGCUUGUGAAAUACAAUCCCAAAUAUUCAUAUAUAUCUAUCUAUCUAUAUAUAGUGGAACCUGGUGUUAGUUUUAGUGGCAAUAUGGAUAGCUUAGCUUCAAAUAUAUAGUACUCUGUCGCUAGCUUGCUCACUCUGUGUUAGCAUUACCCAACGUAUUUAUCUGCUAAGCAAGCAUGUUCUAUGUGGCUAGAAAUUGUAAGCUUUCGCGACCGUAUCUCUAUCUUUCUCUCUGUCUUUCGCUCGUUCUUCCGCAGCUUUACUAUUAGCGUGUGUAGUUCCUUGGCAUGCCUCUAUAUAAGCAUAUUUAACGUCUGGAUGUCUCUCUAUCGCACUUUUUCUUCUUCCUGCGUCUCUCUUUCUCUUGCUUUGCACUGUAGCAGCUCUCAGGCCUUUAAGAGCAGUGUUCUUCCUGCUGGUUCCCGGCUACCCAUCAUGUCCAUCGGUUUGUCGUAUGAGGAACGUCAUGAACCUGACCAAACAGGGUAACACCAUGGUGAAUUCAUUUCUGUUUUCUUUCCUUCUCACUAAACAUUGCUUGAAAGGAAAGUGAUCAUUUGAGAAACUGUCGUUCAGAUGAAAGUUAUAAACGCUAGCGUGUUGAAAUUCUAUAGCAAGAGGCAGGUAACAGACCCUCUUGAAUUGUGUUUUACUUUCAUUGGAAACACCAAUAAAUGUUACUGCCAAUCAA